GGGAGGCAUCUGAAAUUAAGGUAAGCUGGUAUCAAAAGAACAAAAUGAGACUUGAAGCUCCACACGAGUAACCACAAUGUUCAAUGAAAAAAACCACACACACACACACACACACACACACGGGCUGAGUUUGGGGAAAACUGCCACGUGCACGUGCGUGUGCACAGAGGAUCAUCAAAUCCAGGGCCAAACACAGGCACAUGCUCUACCACUGAGCUAUGGCCCAAGCUUGCUCUAUUACUUUGUGGUCAAGGAAGUGUAUAUUUCUUUUCCAAAAUAAGCAAGUCUUCAGUCUCAUAAGGAACUUAAGGCACAUGUAUUGAUUGGAAUGCUGGAGUCCCAUCUCCUAGCUUUGAGCAGUCACCGGAAGGAUUUUCCCUUUGGUUUACUUAACAAUUACUUUUUGACCCGACAGUGAAAAUGUCUACCUUUUGAAGAACAGGGGGUGGGGCGGGCCUGAGACUCAAGUUUCAGCCUCUCCCCUUCCUCUCAGGAAGUAAAGUCCACCACUGGAGUGCCUAAACCAGCUCUGCUCUCGUUCUACAAUGCUCACUUGUUUUCACAGGGCAACGAAUGAAAUGUUUUAGAAAAAGAGUAAUAUUCUAAUAAUAUCACUUAUUUUUGCUUCUAAAUUGCUGUGACUGGUGUGUGAGACUCCUUUGCUGAAAACCACAUCAAAGGAAACAUCAUGCUGAAGAGAGCAGAGAAGGCCCAACCUGAUGACCAAACCCUGGAUGGAGGAUGGGGAUGGAUGAUUGUGCUUCACUUUUUCCUGGUAAAUGUGUUUGUGAUGGGAACCACCAAGACUUUUGCAAUUUUUUUUGUGGUCUUUCAAGAGGAGUUUGAAGGUACCUCCGAGCAAAUUGGUUGGAUUGGAUCCAUCAUGUCAUCACUUCGUUUUUCUGCAGGUCCUCUGGCGGCUACUAUUUGCGAACUGAUUGGAGAGAAAGCUACCUCCAUUCUCGGGACAUUGCUUGUUGCUGGUGGCUAUGUGAUCAGCAGCUGGGCCACAAGUAUUCCCUUUCUUUGUGUGACUAUGGGACUUUUACCUGGUUUGGGUUCUGCAUUUUUGUACCAAGUAGCUGCUGUGGUAACUACCAAAUACUUCAACAAACGAUUGGCUCUCGCUACUGCUAUUGCCCGUUCUGGGAUGGGACUGACAUUUCUAUUGGCCCCCUUUACAAAAUUCCUGAUAGAUCUUUAUGACUGGACAGGUGCCCUUUUAUUAUUUGGAGCUAUUGCGCUGAAUUUGGUGCCUUCUAGUAUGCUCUUAAGACCUAUCCAUAUCAAAAGUGAGAACAAUUCUGAUAUUAAAGUUGGCAAUUUAUCUGCAAGUGGUCCAGAGGUAAUGUAUGGAACAGAAACACAUGGUAAUGAGACACAAGAGUAUUUCAUCAAGGACAGUACUCUGCAGAAAGCUGGACAACCUGAUGAAAUUUUAACAGUUUCACAAAAUCGAAGUGAAGAGAUCAACAGUGGGCCUAACAGGAAUAAACUGUUAAUCACGAGUAAUGAAGAAAGUUGUAAGGAAAAGGCUAUUUCAUGUAGUUGCAAACAGAAACUCUUUGACCUUUCUCUCUUGAGGAAUCCUUUCUUCUGCAUAUUUACCUGUUCAUUUCUCCUCAGUCAGUUGGCAUAUUUCAUCCCUACUUUUCACCUAGUUGCCAGAGCCAAAACACUGGGGACUGACAUCAUGGACGCCUCCUACCUCGUUUCUGUGGCUGGUAUCGUUGAGACAGUCAGCCAGCUUAUUUCUGGAUGGGUUGCUGAUCAAAACUGGAUCAGGAAGUAUCAGUACCACAAGUCUUACCUCAUCUUCUGUGGUAUCACUAACUUGCUUGCUCCUUUAGCCACCACAUUUCCACUACUUAUGACCUAUACCAUCUUCUUUGCCAUUUUUGCUGGUGGUUACCUGGCACUGAUACUUCCUGUACUGGUUGAUCUGUCUAAGAAUUCUAGAGUACACAGAUUUUUGGGACUUGCUAGUUUCUUUGCUGGCAUGGCUGUGCUUGCUGGACCGCCUACAGCAGGCUGGUUAUAUGACUAUACAGAGACGUACACUGGCUCUUUCUACUUCUCUGGAACAUGCUAUCUCCUCUCCUCACUGUCCUUUUUCUUUGUACCACUGGCUGAGAGAUGGACAAGCAAACAGUUUCCAGAAGGAAAGAGGACUACAAUCAAGUGAUGAAAGUUUAACAAAAGAAAACAUAGAUUAGUAAGUUUUUGGAAAUAAAAGCUUAGAAGAUGAUUCCUUGUUUGUGAAAUGAGAAGGUAAACCAGAUAGUUUUUAUGUUCCUCCUUGUUUUAGCACUCUGAAGAAUAUCUAUCCCGGUAGAAAGUGUACUAUAAUAAAUUAAUCCUAAUUCUCCA